UGUGGGAGAUGCAGAAAACAGAUCUCGCUUUCCUUCUGGGCAAUCACCACUCCAGCUUUCCUCCAGAAAGUUUCCACAAGGGGCAGAGGAGAAUCCAGCAUUUGUGAUGGCCAUCCCACCUUAGUGUGUAGUGACCACCACACCUUCUGGAAACAGGGAAGGCAAACCGUUCUGGUUGGCCUAGAACUUUUGGAUCUUUCUUGACCCCAAGCUGCCAAAGGUAGAAGAUUUAAAAACCUGAACUAAUAUUUCCCUCCCCCAAACUGCAAUGGGCUUCCUUUUCCCAGUUGGUCCAGGCACCAUGCUCGCGGUAUUUGAGAAAAUUGCAAGAGCUGUGGUCCAACACGUGGACGCUGGUGGGGAUAUGAUCGCUGUCAGAAGCCUCAUUGAUGCUGACAGAUUCCACUGCUUCUAUCUGGUGAAGGAGAGGAGACGUUUCUUUGGAUACCAAUACGAUAAGAGAGACCUCACCCUGUAGGACAUCCUGGAGAUGGACAAGGGUGAAGGGCUGUUUGAUAAGCUGGUUCCUGGGCUCCAAGGUCAAGAGGUUAAGUCCCAAGUUAUGGACAGCGUAGACUCAAAGGGAAGUUUGACAGUGAAAUUACCCAAAGAAAAAACACUUGACAUGGGAAUAACAUUCUCCAGGUCCCCAGAGCAGGGCAUCGAGUUAUCAAAGACCUGGAUACUCCAGAAAUUCCUGGAUUCCCUUAAGAACAAAAAGCUGAAGAGGAAACUGACCCCUAUGUUCCAAUCAAUCCAGGCAAUGAGAGAAGACCUUUAUCUAGUGACGGAAACUCUGAAGACGACAAAGACUGUAAUCCUGAAAAGUGAAAAGCAAUAUAUUUUUUGGGACCCGAUGAAAUGUUUUGGCCUCCGAUAUGAACACAAGCACCAAACGGAAGUGAGCAUCACCCCUCAGAAGGUCCUGGGCUAUCGAGUAAAGCAGCUAGUCUUCCCCAACGCAGAGAGUAUGGAGAAAGAUGGCGGUUCAUCUUGUACUGGGAAGUCCUUGAGUUUGGAGGAUUUCCCAAGCGUGAAGGAGAGGAUGCAGGACAUGGUGCGAGUCCUCCAGAAUCCGACUGAGGAGCAAAAAGAGGUGCUAAGCUGCUUCACCAAGUGCCUCAGCAAGGAUGAAGAGCUGCAGGAUCUAGAGCGAAGAGUAAGAGGCCCAAGGAAGAACUGGGGCAGAGAGAGGGAGGAGCCAGUGGGGAGACAACCUGCUAUAAUGGGACUGGGCUUAUCUCCCCCAUCUCCUGGUCCUAGAUGUCUGAGGUCCGGCGCUCCGGGGAGCUACAGAUGGAAGGCCCAGCAGGUUCUGUCAUGCAGCCUUUUUAACGCUUACGCUGCUGGGAUCUUGAUAGAGGAGCACACAGAAGCCAUUUCGGAUUUCUUGGAUGACUUGAUUGAGCUCUCUGAGGAGGGGCAGCUUGUUGCUGAGGCCCUAGUUAAGGGGACCCUGCCCCUUUUGAAGGACAAGGUGGAGCCUAUCCUGGAGCAGAACCAGGGUGAGCAGCCCCGUGACGUGGGCUGUGACCCUGAGGCACGGACUCUCUGUGCCCUCUACGUUGUUGUCUCCAUCCUGCUGCAGCUGGGUGAGAAUUCUACCUCUGUGUCUUCCUAAUACCAUGUCAGCUCUUUUUUUAAAAAUAACUUUAUUUAUUUAUUAUUUAUUUUUGGCUACGUUGGGUCUUCGUUGCUGUGCGCGGGCUUUCUUUAGUUGGGGCGAGCGGGGGCUACCCUUCGUUGCGGUGCGCGAGCUUCUCACUGCGGUGGCUUCUCUUGUUGCGAAGCAUGGGCUCUAGACGUGCAGGCUUCAGUAGUUGUGGCACACGGGCUCAGUAGUUGUGGCUCGCGGGCUCUAGGGCGCAGGCUCAGUAGUUGUGGCGCACGGGCUUAGUUGCUCCGCGGCAUGUGGGAUCUUUCCAGACCAGGGCUCGAACCCGUGUCCCCUGCAUUGGCAGGCGGAUUCUUAACCACUGCGCCACCAGGGAAGUCCCUCCUGUCAGCUCUUUAAGCAUUCUCCCCACAAGCCUCUGGGUGCUCCCCUCCCCAGUCCAUUCUCACCAUCCCUAUUCCCAAUCACCAGAAUGAUGUCUUUAAAACAAGCCGCUAUUUUUUGAUACAUCCCAUUCACCAUGAUAAUGUCCAAAAAUCAGCCUGGAUUGUAAGAUUAAAAGUGGCAGAUUGAUCAUAUUAAUUUCCUCUCCCUCUUGAAAUCUCACUAAAUGACAAUAAAGUGAUGGAAAAGAUAGAAACCCACAAGAAUAAAGAGAAUUAGGCAGCAGAUAAGGGAUUUCAACACAUCUUUGGAAGCAAGGAAGCAAUUAUAGGAGUGCAAGCUAGGAGGCAUGGGACUGAGGGAUGCGUAGGAGUGUAGGAGGAGACUGCUGGUUUUCAUCAUAAGUCUUUUAGUUCUAUGUAACAUUUUUCAAGACAAUGUAAUUAAAAGCAAAAGAAAUAUAUAUUUGUUGUAAAGCAUUUCAGAUAUUUCUCAAAGUCAAAGGUAAAGGUACUCUGUGAUCUCCCUUCUCCCUUUAAUAUAACCACUAUUAACAUUUUGGGGUAUGUGAACAUUUUUUCUAUGGAGCAGUUUUAAAAAUGGUAACUUAAACAUUAAACUAGGAAUGAUAUAGCAUACAUUUGUUUUGUAUCUAUCUUUUGAACUAGUCACUUUUACAUUUAAAUUUGUAAAAAUAUUAUAUGCAACAGGAACUCUCAUAAGUGCUGUCGGAGUGUAGCUUGGUCCACCACUUUGUAAAACUGUUUACCAGUAUCUACUAAAGCUAAAC